UGGCUACCAGCAAAAUUGAAAACAAGUGUAGAGCCUAGUCUAGUUCUGUUGUAGGAUCAAAUAAAACAAAACAGUCAUGGAUUUUGUCUUUGUCUUGGCUUUUUUCUUCAAAUUUUCGUUAGUUUUUAUCGCUGUUAUUCCCAGUGCAGACUCGAAAUGGGUUGAAGGAGUGAUAGACACAAAACAAGACUGGGUUUUCAUUACUAGAUUCUGUUUUCUGAACAAGGCAGGCAACUUUUACUACUUGCUGGAGUAUCCUUAUAGCUACUCAUUUCAAGAUCUGCUGUUCUACUAUGAUGAUCCGGGACAGUGGGAUGCUGUGUAUAAAAAGAAUCUGAAUUGUACUGAGAAAGUAACACGUCUCCAAGGUACAAAUAAAUAUGCGUUAUCCAGUAAUGGUAACAUGUGUAAUGAUUCUGUUAUUCGAGAUGGCAAGAGGUGGAUUGUUUGCGAAGGAAACAUGGACUUCAGCUCCGCAAGAGAGAGGUGGUGGUUUGUGGUUGUGUCGCAUUGUGACUUUCCUAUGGGAGUCUACCUGCGCUAUAAAAUACACAUGACGAAUGGCGAUGAUUUGUUACACAAAGAGUUCUCUGCUGAUGAGUUCUAUAUUUUGGUCAUAGACAUAAUAUUUUUUAUAUUAUACAUCUUGCUGCUUGUCAUGUCCAUUGGAUGCGCAUACAUACUGCAGCAGAAACAGUUGCUUCACACUACCUACAAGAUGUACAUGGUCACUCUGGUCAUAUGGACACUCAAUUUGCUUUGUCUGGUCAUUGCCUGGGGAUCUUAUGGGACAACUGGCUGGGAGCUAAAGCCACUGGAGGUUGUGGGAAGAAUUCUUCAAGCAUGUGGUCACAUUAUAUUCAUGUUAAUGCUCAUCCUGAUGGCCAAAGGCUACACCAUCGUGCGAGGCAGGCUGACCAAAAAGAAUGCCAUAAAGAUGACCAUCUUUAUCAACCUGUACAUCAUUGCAACUAUAGUUCUGUUUAUUUGGGAGGGAGUGAUGUUUGACCCUGGUGAAGUCCUGUACUACUACGAGAGUCCCCCAGGUUAUGGUAUGAUUACUAUCAUCUUGAUUGGCUGGCUGUGGUUCACCAAGGCAGCAGUCUUCACCAUGAAACACUAUCCAGACAGGAGUAUCUUCUACAUCUUCUUGUAUUCUAUAUACACCAUAUGGUUUUGGGCUGGACCUAUCGUGACCAUGAUUGCGAUGUUUGCGAUGGCCAAGUGGACCAGAGAGAAAUCAGUUCAUGGAGUACAGAUGUUCAUUGCUUACUUGGGACACAACAUUUUUCUGAUUCUUACCUGGCCAAGCAAGGUCAAUGAAAAUUUUCCAUUUACAAUACGGACAACUCAGAUAGACAUAUUAAAAGAAGAGCAAGAAGACUCCUCUGAAUCGGACAGAAGCUACCAAAUGCCUUCAGACAUGGGUCCUGGGCCAAACCUCGACAUUUUUAUCACGUUAUCUAAAGACACACAAAGCAACAGCGGAGAUAAGAUGUAUGGUCCAGCUGACCUCAGCGUCUUUAACACUAAGGAGACACCUGCUGGUUUACAGCCUUCUCUAGCACCGCUCAGCACACAUCACACUGACCAUGGCACUGAUGGACUUCACAUGAAGCCUUUCAAGCUGCCUCCUUUGCAAAGAGCACUCCUAGGAGACGAGCAGUCUAGCAGUCAGUCUCUGCCACCACUGAGAGGAACAGGUCUGCCCCCAAUAGCUCCAAUGGAAGAAUCUGCUCUCCACAACAGCUAGCUCUAGAGUUGGUUCAACAGCUAGCUCUAGAGUUGGUUCAACAGCUGAUCCAUGCAUUGGACAAAGACUUUGACAUCAAAAUUCAAGUUCACAGAUAUUGGAUAUGGUGUAAUCUAAUUCAAUAGUUUCCAUGGUGGAAGCAUGUGGCUGUACACAUUCCAUGAUUGGAUUCCAGAUUCUACAACACUCUUGUAGCUUGAUAGAAUCUAGAACUUUAUGUAUUUUGUUUGAUAAAUGUUCUUGUUAAUGAUGUGAUUUCAAAUCAGAUCUGGCUGUAAGCUCUUCUUGUAUCUUGUUAGUGUUUUACUAUUUGUUGACAUUGAGAUUAUUUAUCUCCACAACACUCAUGGAACAUGUUGGCUUACCUCCCUUAGACUGCUUUUCUGGAUACAUUCAUUUCCCUUAUUCUGCUUCUUCAUUCUUAUUAAAAGCUGAGUCUAAGACUCUUGCAACUCGAGGCCAAUGAAAGCUUGCCUCCAUCUACCAGUCGAAACAAACUUCUGUCUGAGAAAGCUCCAAGCUGAUGUAAAUUAUUACAUCUCUAU